AUGACAUGUUCAAACCUGUUUUCAGGAGAUUUACCUGAAUUAACUUUUGAAAUUAUAAAAUAUUUUCAAAAUGAUUAUUCAAUUUUACAUUCAUGCAUUUUAGUUAAUAGAUUCUGGUGUCGUUUAACAAUUCCAUUAUUAUGGGAAAAUCCAUUUUCAAUUCCUACUGGAAAUUAUAAUUUUAUUGAAAUUUAUUUAAAUAAUUUAAAUGAUGAUUUUAAAACAAAAUUAAUUGAAUAUAAUAUUAUUAAUAAUAAUUCAUUAAAUAUAAUGUUCAAUUAUUCAAAAUUUUUAAAAUAUUUGAAUACAUAUAAAUUCGUUUUCUCUAUCGAGAAAUGGUUUGAAGCUGUUAUUAGAACUUUAAAACCUGAGAAUAGAUUAUAUUCAGCAUCUGAUUUAAAAAGAUUGAUUGAUACAUCAAUAUUUAAUAUUUUUGUUGAGAAUGAAGUAAAUUUAAAUACUCUUGAAAUUGAGAUCUCACGUAUUUAUUAUAAUACACGUAUUGAUAAUGUUCUUGGAUUAAUUUUACAAAAUACAAAUUUCAUUCAUAAUAUUAAAAAUUUAAAUCUUUAUAUUGAUUAUAGUUCAUCUGAUUUAUCUCAUUACAACAAUAAUAAUGAAUAUACAUUAAUCAAAAAUCGUAUAUUAGAAAUAAUUAAUUUACAUCAAAAUCUUAAAAAAAUUUUAUUAAGUUAUGAUAAUUCACCUUUAUAUAUAUCAUUAUUAUUAUCAAAAUAUUAUAAUUGUUCAAAUACUUUAAAUACAAUAAUUUUUUAUUAUGUUGAUUUUAAAGGUAUAAUUAAUUUAAAUAAAAUAUUUGAACAAUUAAAUGUUUUAGAAUCAGUUCAUAUAAUUAAUUGUUCUUCUUUAAAUAAUUAUUUUACCCAACAAAUUAUUAAUUUAAUUAAACCAUUUAAAUUGAAAUCUUUAUUUAUAAAUGAAAUCACACAAAUUAAAUCAAUACAAUUAUUAUUACAAAAAUCUGGUGAUUAUUUAGAAAAUUUUGGUUAUGGAUUUAGUAUUGAUUCAUUAAAAAAACUUCAAUUAUUAGAAUUAAUUACAAAAUAUUGUAAAAAUAUCAAAUUUCUUGAUCUUUAUGGAUUUGAAGGUCAAAUUACUUAUCAAAUAAUCAAUUUAAUUAAAAAUAUAAAACAAAAUCUUAAUUAUCUUUCAAUAAGUAGUACUUCAUCAUCAUCUUAUAAUAAUAAAGAAUCUAGUUCAAUUUUAUUACAAAAUUUAGGACAAAUUCUCCCUAAUAAAUUAGAAUAUUUAUGUUUAAAUCUUCGUCAUAUUAAAUCAAGUUCUUUUGAAAUAUUUUUAAAAAAUUCUCAAAAUAUUUUUAUUAAUAAAUUAUUAAUCUAUAAUAGAGAAGGUCAAGAUACUUUAUAUGAUUUUAGAGAUUAUAAUAGUGAUUUGUUUUCAUCUAUUAAUGAAGUGAAGGAAUUUGGGUUGUAUAAUAUUAAAGUGAAAAGUUAUCCUAGUUUAGUGAUUCAUAUAAGUGAUUUUAUAAAAGAAAUUGAUUAA